AUGACAGAAAAUCUUUCUGUUUCGAUUGCAUCCAUCGUUGCCACAGGUCUUCUCGCGCCAUUGUCUUUUCUCGAGCACCAGCAAAGUAUCGCUCCGUCCAUUCUAAUCGGAGUCUUUCUGUGGACCUCCGUCAUCCAGAGCGUCGCAGAGGCUACGCAAAUUAUUGAUUGGUCUCACGGUGUUUAUGGGCUGAGAUCACUAGAUUUCGUCUGGCUAGUUUCAAAAUUCCUUCAAUUUACCCUGGCUGUUAUUGAGGAGCUGCCAAAGCGUGGCAUCAUUUCUAAAAGGGCAUAUCCUAUUCCAACCGAAUCUACCGCUGGGCUUCUCAGCUGGCUAUCUUUUUCUUGGCUCAAUCGCCUGCUCCUCAAAGGGUACCAUGGUGAGCUAACACUAAAUAGCCUCGGGGCUAUAGACUAUGCGUUGAUUCGAGAGAACUUUUGCGUCAAUUACAGCAGCAAAAACAACAGACUAAGGGAUUGUCGCUUCUCCUUGCGCUUUGGUCUGCAUUCAAGAUUCCAUUGCUAUGGACCAUGGUACCACGUAUAUUCCUCACGAUCUUUAGCUUUUCUCAGCCGCUAUUGA